GAAUACUGCUGAACCAGUUAUUAGUGAAGAGGAAAAAAAGGCCAGCCGGCUACCGUGUAGGGCUUGCACUUCUUUUAAAAACUGGUCUGCCCUUGUAAUGAAAAACGAGUUUUUUACUGAUAAAAAACUGAAAGAACCCCAAAAUAAUAUUAAAAAGAAUAUUGAAAAUACAAAUUUUAUUGACUGUCCAGCUGACAGUGAUAAACUUGGAAGACAUUCGUGGACUCUUUUACAUACUAUAGCCUCUUAUUACCCAGAAAAACCCUCCGGACGCCAGAAAGUUGCUCUACAGCAGUUAAUGAACUCGCUGUCGUUUUUAUAUCCCUGUGAGCACUGCGCUGCUCAUCUUCGCUUGUAUAUGAAAGCUAAUCCUCUAAAUAUUAAAAGUCAAGAAGAAUUUUCUUUAUGGUUAUGCCAAUUUCACAACGAAGUCAACAAUAAUUUAGGAAAAGAAAAAUUUGAUUGCACGAAAGUCCACGAAAGAUGGCGAGAUGGAUGGAAGGAUGGAAGUUGCAACUAAAAGACUUUCUUCAAUGAAAGU